AUGCCAGACACUAUUCCCAUUGUGUUAUUCCUUCGACGUGGUAUACGACGCCUAUAUGGGCUCAUACAAAUAUGGUUCCGUGCACUCCUUGUAGGAAUUGUAUGGUUGGUAGCGUUACCUUGGGUUACUGUAUGGAUAUGGAGAGCCUAUUUCUUGAGUGGGGAGUUUCUUGCUUUUUUGAUUAACGGACAAAAGCCUCCCACUAGAACUUCAGAUAAUAAUACAGAAUCUGGAGAAAAGAGUGGACUUAGUAUAAUAUAUUUGGGAUUACUUAAGGGAUUUAUUUGGUAUGUUCCUCCAGAAGCAGUAGCAUUUGUAGAAUAUUAUGGUGAUUUGGCCAGCAAAGUAUUAUCAGAUACAUUUGAAGGACAAAUUAUUACAUGUGUUGUAGUAAUAGUUUUUGUAGCGGCAUUCUUAUUAAGAGAGUGGAUAGUUCAGAAUACGCCAGCUGCAAAUGAAAAUAAUAAUGUUAACGAGCAAAUAAACGAUGAGCCCGCAAACGAAAGAAAUGAUAAUAACGAUAACAAUGCGAUCGUGUUACCUAAUCUUCAAGUUUUACCAGAAGUCGAACAAAUACCAGUACAACCAUUGGGAAAUAAUGAAGAACCUCAAAUUCCAAACUUAAACGAAGGAGCUUUUGUAUUUCAAAACGGACAUCGUCUACCAUUAAUUCAACAAGAACCACAAUUUCCAACCGAUCCUGCUUUGCAAGAACCAAUUCAACGACAAAAUGUUCAAGCAUUAAUGAAUUUACAUCGUUAUGUAGAAGAACGAAAUAAAGAAGACAAUAUUGAUCGACUAUUAAUAGAAGAUCAUACAAUUGUUCAGGAAGAUCAAUUUGAAUCGAAAAUUAUAGAUUCGAAAUUAGAUGAUUCAAUUGAUGAUAUAGGAUCAAGUUCUACUUAUAAUAAAGAACAUUCUCCAUUAGAUUCAGAAUUAAAUGUUAGAAAUCUUAACAUAGACGAUCAAAAACCUUCCAUGUAUGUCCCAUAUGUAGAUGAUUCUAAAGCUUCGAUUGGCACUAUUAUGGGUGAUGCGAAUAAUGAAAAUUCUAAAGGAAAAAAUAUUGAAACAAAUGAUUCCACAAUGAUUUUCCCGGAAUCAAAUGAUCCUCCUUCCUCAACAGAAUUGCAGUGUGAAUCUAUAAAGGAUCAAAAUUCUUUGCAAUUUAGAAUUAGUAAUUCUGUCUCUGAUAAAAAUAAGAAAGGUACAAACGAUUUGAUCGCAGCAUCAUCCUCAUCCUCAUCAGGUGUUGCAGUUCGGCAAGGACAAUCUUCAAACGCAAAACCAUUCCUUGAUAAUUUUGUAGAAGAUAGAAGAAUUCGCCCUAUCAGACAAGUAAGAACACGAAUGGCAGUUCCUAUGUCGUCUGAUGCCUCUUCCAAUGUAAUGAGGCAAUUAUCAACUUCUUCACAAGAAGAUUUUGAUGAAUUAUCUCUUGGUGGUUCUUUUAUGAAUAUCGAUUACUCUGAAAUUUCAAAUAGCGAUCAAGAAAACGAAGACAUAAAUUUACAAGAAAAAUAUCCACGUGACAUUAAUAACACUUAUAGUCCAUCCAAAAUAAUAACAAAUACUAGUGGUGUUUAUUUUGCUGAUGAUUCAAGUUCUUUUGCUGUGCAUCGUAAUUCUAAUGCUAAUUUACAAGGUUACGUGGAAGAACCUAAUGCGAAUAAUGCUGAUGCUCCAGCUUUACCUGCCAUACCUGCGCCUAUUUUUAAUGAAGCAAUCGAGCCUCCCGCCAACUCUGUGUUGAUGAUAAUUUUGAUCGCAUUAUGUUUAGCUGGCUCUAUUUGGGUGCCAUUCUUUGUCGGAAAAACUGUUUUAUUGAUUAAACCUUUGAAUAUUAUACAACUCCCGUUAAAAUUAUUACGUAAAGUAACGGACCCAGUUGUAGAUCUCGUUAUUGAUACAGGUAUCCCAUGGUUAUGGUCACUUGUAUUUCCACUAUUAAAAUCUGGUUGGAGCGCGACUAGCCCUCAGAUUUCACAAAUUUUUGAAGAUUCUAUAUUUGUAAAUUAUAUGCAAGGCAUUUCCGAUAAAACAGAAGAUCUGUUGGGAUAUGCUGCUACUUUUGUUGCCAAGAUCGAUCCUCCAGAAUCAGUUAUUGUUGUGAACUCAACCAUUAGCGGUGUUAAUCAAUUUUCAGAAUUCUUAAAAGCAAGAAAUUUAACGUGGCUUGUAACAAUUAUUGAUCGUUGGAAUGGUUUUGCCUAUGGUAACGCACCAACAGAUAAGAUCGUAUGCAUUCUUUGUGGAUAUACAGUCAUCAUUGUUCUAUGUGCUUAUUAUUUGGCAAAAACAAGAAACGCAUAUGGUGCUACCGUGGGUCGUGCUGUGCAAGAGGGAUUACGACAACAAGGCAUAGUUUUAAAGGUCGCCUUUUUUGUCGCAAUCGAAUUAAUUAUUUUUCCGAUCAUAUGUGGUAUCUUAUUGGACCUUUCUACAUUACCGCUAUUCGCGGAAGCCACGCCAACAUCACGGCUAGAGUUUUAUUUUGAAUCACCUAUUACGUCAACUUUCCUUCAUUGGUUUACUGGUACUGCAUUUAUGUUCCAUUUUGCCGUGUUCGUAUCUCUAUGUCGAGAAAUUGUACGAUCUGGUGUUAUGUGGUUUAUUCGAGACCCGAAUGACCCACAAUUUCAUCCGAUAAAGGAAAUUUUAGAUAGACCUGUUUGGACUCAACUCAAAAAAAUCGGUGCAAGUGGCAUCAUGUAUAGUGCAAUGAUUGUUUGUGGUUUAGGGAGUGUUAUUUACUUUAUUCGGUAUUGUUUUAAUGGUAUAUUACCAUUACAAUUAUCGUUCACGGAACCAAUUUCUGAUUUUCCUGCCGAUCUUCUUGUAUUUCACAUCGUUGUUCCUGUAACUGUCACUUGGGCCAAGCCAAAACGGUUGUUCCGUAAAUUAUUUGAAAAUUGGUGGAAAGUUACCUCCCGCACUUUACGAUUGACUUCUUUUAUGUUUGGAGAUCGUCAUUUUGAUGAGGAAGGUACACAUGUGCGCAGAACAUGGGGUGCUUCUUUACGUCGUCUGAAAGCCCGAAUUCCUAACCCGGGUGACAACAUUAUUAAUGAAUAUGCAGAGGUUGUUUUUGUGAAAGAUGGUGAACUCGUCCGUGCACCUAGUUACGAUGGUGUACCUGUUGUUCCUGGUCGAAGAAUGCUCAUACCUGUAAAUGAGGAUGGCACGUUAAAAAAUCCCGAUGAUGCACCAGUUGGUCAGGAUGAUCAAUUAAACUACACAAUCGUUUAUAUUCCGCCUAAUUUUAAAGCAAGAGUUAUUACAUUUUUAUUCCUUAUGUGGUUCUGUGGUUCUUUAUUCUGUUGUUCAGUUACUAUUUUACCACUUUUGACGGGUCGUUAUAUCUUUAAAUCUAUCCUACACCAUCAACGUGCAGUUCAUGAUUUAUACGCAUUUACAGUAGGACUUUAUGUAUUAUGGGCAUUAUACAUUUCUCUUGAAUGGGUUAUUAGUAAAAUUCAGGCGAUUGCCGGACAAGAUCUCAAUAUUGAUUGGGCUAUGGUUCGACAAAAAAUGUGGCAAGGGACAAUUGUAAUCGCAAAGAUCUUGUACUUUAUUUUAUCAUUCGGAAUAAUUAUCCCAUUCCUUCUAUCAUUAGUCACUGAACUAUACAUAAUUUUACCCUGGAAAAAAUUAACCACCGAUAUUCCAAUCAUUUCUUUUUUGCAGGAUUGGGCUUUAGGCAUCGUUUAUAUGAAAAUUGCAUACCGUAUUGUUUUUAUGCUGCCUGAUAAUAUUUAUAGUAGAGCUAUCAACGAUAUAACUGAACGAGGCUUUAGAGAUUUGAACGUCAAAUUGGCAACAACAGUAUUUAUUAUUCCUAUAGGAGGUUCUGCAUUAGCAGCUGUGAUUCUACCAGCAUUAACAGCUUGGUUGAUAAUAUCUGCGGCUGGUAUUUCUAAUGCAAACAGUAUAGCUCUUUUAAUUCGCUAUAUUUAUCCAGUGUUUUUGGCGAUAGUACUUGGUUAUCGUGUUCAAAGACAAAUGGGACAAUUAGUACACAGCUGGAUGCAAGCUGUUCGUGAUGAAGAAUAUUUGAUAGGGCGUAGAUUACAUAAUAUUGAUCCAAAUGAACGUGGAAAUACUAAUGUUAUAAUAAGGGGACAGUAA